AUGCCAAGCCCGCUCUACGAAGCGCAAGCAGGAUCCUUCGUUUCUGCGCACUCUGCCUCCUCGCCUGCCAUCUCAGCCGCUGGACAAUCCGACCCUUUGCAUCACGAAAGCUUGCUUCGAGGGGAAGCCCCCUCUGCCGCUUCUGCCACAAACGGGAGAGCCGAUCGGGAAGGCGUGGCGUCUGGCACCAUUGGCUCCGCUCAUGAUUCACACCACGGAAUCUCAGAAGUCCUCGCAAACCCCCCCGUCUCUGCUUCAGCUCCACAACCAGCGAAUCCACCCUUAUCAGUCCAACAGCACCCCGUAAAUGCAACCUCUUCAGCGACGCUCGCUUUAUCGCAUCAAGCGGCGAGCGAAUCAGCGGUGGCCUCCUCCAGCAAAGCUGAGCAAAUAGGCCAGGGUGGGAGCGCUGAUCCGCGUCCCGCGUCUACACCCAUCGCAACCCCUCCUCCGCCCGCAAGCAAGUCAGCACGGAGCGCUACCAUCGCGCCAGCAACUUUCGAAGACUUGCUGGCGCUGGACCACCAAUCGGUUCUGAAGCCUGACUACUCCACCCCGUUCAAGUCUGCUCAAGACAUUGUCCGCCGUCUCUUGCCUUAUCACGUGUAUGACGUGCCCAACGAGGAUCUGACUUGGUCUCUGUCGCUGUCUGCCAAUCGCAAAGGCAAGGGAAAAGCUGACAGCAAUGCUGCAGGUGCUUCCAGCGAUGCCAGCUCGGCCGAUAGCGUCAAGCGGCGGAGGCUAGAGGGUACUCAGACAUCCUCCUUAGCACAGCUAGCAGCGGCAGCUACAAACCCUUACAACUACUUCGAUGACGACGACAUUCUGUCCAUCCAUCGUAGAGCAACAGCUAUACGCAAGCGAGCUUUGCGGCUGAAUGUUACGCUGACUGGAGGCAAGGAGAAAGCGGCAUGGGCGCGCGAGAGUGUUUAUCAGCUUACCAGAGCGGCACACGUACGGGAGACAGAACAGUACACUGAGGAGCAAGACGGCCUACGUGCGUUGAGGGACGAAGCUGCGCGGGAAGGCGGCUACGAAGUACGAGAGGUGGACAGAGCCGUCUCGAAUGCCAAAAGGCAGUGGGAGCGAGAUGCUGCGAAAGAGAGUCGCAGAAAGAGGUUGGCUGCGUUGAAUCUGCCACAGGACGACGAGACGAUGAACCCUGAUGCGCUCGUCAGAAGCAAGAGCCAAGGCGCACGAGACGAAGACGAGGAGGAAGAUUCGGCACCUGCAACUCGCUUGCCCCUUGCGCAACCUCGCCCCGCAGGAGAGGGAAACGUUCGAGCGAGCGCAGAAAGGUCCGCUCUUUCAGUAGCAGCUCCAGCGACGCCAGAACGCAACGGCAGUAUCGAUGGCCCAAAGGCGGUGGAUCCGAGGUCCAUUUUGGCAUCACCUCACGUAGGUAGUGGUCAGCAGACCCCCACUCCUGCAAGCUCGCCGAUGAAGCGCCCUGUGGGUCGACCUCCUGGGCCAGGCAAAGCGGUUAAGGCUAAGGCUGCCAUGAGCUCUGUUGGUGGUGGCAAUCCCAAUAGUCCAGCCCCACAGUUGCGUCCCCAGCCGCAGCUGCAGACGAAGCCGGUCCAGCCUGUGCAUGCGCCGUUGGUCGCCUCACCAACAGCCGCACCAUCAAUGGGUGCAGUCAGACCUCCGAUGCCUGUUGUCCCAUCCGCAUCGCCUCCCGUCAGACCGCCGGCUCUACCUACCCAGCCGAUCGCGGUACUGCUGCCCCUUUCCUCCAUCAACCACCUCGCUAGGCUGCAAAUCUACCCGACGCCGGCGCCCCAUUUGCAGCCCGCCAUUGUUGCGUACAGAGCAGCUCAGGCCAAUCUCUCGCUAGGGACGAUGAAUGCUGCUGCUCCGGCCAUUACAUCGGCGCAGACGUCACCACGUCCUUCACCCGCUACUCAGGAAGAUCUGGCUCUCUUGAUGGGUGUCACUGAAGCCGCACAACCUCCUCAUGAGCUCAUGCUGAACCUUAGUGUCCUUUUGACGAGGUUGUCUCCUCCCCAACUGCAGGGUCUGGCAGCCCUGAUGCAAGCGCAGAGCAAGCGUCAACAAGAGCAGCAGGCCAAGCUGCAGAAUCAAGUUGGCGCCUCAGGCACCACAGGCUCCAAUGGCACCUCGCCAGCGCAUGGCGCCGGUGCAGCUCAGCCCAGCUCAGGCGGUUUCAAGCCUCCGCAGACUCGUCCACCUUCGGAUCCCUUGGCAGCUGCAGCCGCAGUCAGCAAUCUAGCUGCUUCCUCAGCUGCCUUCGCGGCUCAAAAGCAAGCGAUGUCAGCAUCUCCUUCCAACUCGUCAUCAACGCCGGCGACGAAUCCUAUGCGUGGGUCCGACAAUCCUCCUGUAACCAAAGAGCCGCCGAGGUGA